GGUGGAUGUGUCACACAAGAUGGCGUCGCUCUUGCGGCAUCGGUCGAGCAAGGAGCAGCAGUCGGCAGCCACGGUUCCUUCGUCGUCCAAUGCGCCCAAGAUUGUCCUCAGCGGGUGGAUGCGCAAGCAAAAAGCGCAUUUGAAGACGUGGAAUCGGCGAUUCUUCGCGCUGUCUGGCAGCACAUUGUCUUAUUAUGACAGCGAAGACAUCUCGGGGGCACCCCGCGGCGUGCUGGACGUGGCGUCGGUCCAUCCGCUGCCGUCGGAACCGAACGGCCUGCUUCUGCACUGCAAGUCCAACAACCAACGACGGCGGGACGAAAAACUCAUUUGCGACACCAAUGUCGCGUACAACGCGUGGUUUGCGCUGCUGACCCGCGCCACGACCGCGGGUCAGUCGUCGUCGUCUGCAUCUCUGCAGUUGCUCCAUACAUCAUCGGCGUCUAUGAUGGACACCUCAUCGUCGACUAACAGUGCCGCCUCGUCCAACAACAACGCAACUCAGCACUCUCCGAUUGCAUACCGCCCCAACCCCAUCAAGAUGGGCUACGUCCACGUCCACUACGCCGCGUCUUCGUCGAAUGCUCCAUCUUCCUCUCAGAACAAUCCAGUGGGCGGCGGCGAUGGAGUCCCCGCGGCCGACGUCGAUGCAUGGAAUCGCUACUUUAUCAAAGUCGAAGGCGACCUACUCAACUGCUACGCCGACGAGUCCCAGCAGCAUCUCUACGUCAGCGGCAUGGUGCGCAAUGUGACACUGUUCGAAGGGCGCAAGUACGCGUUGACUGUGGGGCUAAACAAGGGGCGGAAAGUCGUGCUAUGCUGCGACAGUAUGGAGGAGAAGACCAACUGGCUGCUGACACUGGAAGGCGCGCUCAAGACGGCGUACAGUGUCAUCCAGGUACAGCAGCGUCGCGGGGGCGGCGCGGGCUUGAAGCGGGCAUCGAGUCACAUUUACGACUUGGAUUUGGCUCCAGAAGACCAGGCGGCCCCCGCGGGAGUGCUGCUAUCUGGUCUCGAAGAAGUCAACAAGCUGCAGGGGGUGAUGGAGCACAGCGACGACGACGGGGACGCCGCCGCCGCCGUGGCGGAAGACGGAUCUGAAGCGAGUGGUGUGUGGAUUUAGUUAGACGUCAAAUAACGUAAAUACUCGGACAAUAAUAACAUAUCGGUGAGAAAAAAAACCCAA